CCGGGCGGUCCAGGAGCUGCCGCAGUGCCACCCGCCCUGUCCCGGUCCGCGCUCCGGCUCCGGCUCAGCCCGGUAGCCCGCACCUGCUCCGGCCAUGAUGAGCUUCAGCGGCGCGGACGCGCUGCUGGGCUCCCCGUUUGCGCCGCUGCAUGGAGGCGGCAGCCUGCACUACGCGCUGGCCCGCAAGGGCGGAACGCGCUCCGGGACCGGCUCCUCCAGCGGAUUCCACUCGUGGGCGCGGACAUCUGUGAGCUCCGUAUCGGCUUCACCAAGCCGCUUCCGUGGUGCAGGCGCCGCUUCGAGCACCGACUCUCUAGACACGCUGAGCAACGGACCGGAGGGCUGCGUGGUGGCAGCGGCGGCGGCGCGCAGCGAGAAGGAGCAGCUGCAGGCGCUGAACGAUCGCUUCGCGGGCUACAUCGACAAAGUGCGGCAGCUCGAGGCACACAACCGCAGCCUGGAGGGCGAGGCUGCGGCGCUGCGGCAGCAGCAGGCCGGCCGCGCCGCCAUGGGUGAGCUGUAUGAGCGCGAGGUACGCGAGAUGAGAGGUGCAGUGCUGCGCCUGGGCGCAGCGCGCGGCCAGCUGCGCCUGGAACAGGAGCACCUGCUCGAAGACAUCGCACACGUGCGCCAGCGCCUCGACGACGAGGCCCGGCAACGCGAGGAGGCUGAAGCAGCAGCGCGCGCACUCGCUCGUUUCGCGCAGGAAGCCGACGCGGCGCGAGUCGAGCUGCAGAAGAAGGCACAGGCGCUGCAGGAGGAGUGCGGCUACCUACGGCGCCACCACCAGGAAGAGGUGGGCGAGCUGCUCGGCCAGAUCCAGGGAUGCGGAGCCGCGCAGGCGCAAGCGCAAGCUGAGGCGCGCGACGCCCUCAAGUGCGACGUGACGUCGGCGCUGCGCGAGAUCCGCGCUCAACUGGAAGGCCAUGCGGUUCAGAGCACGCUGCAGUCGGAGGAGUGGUUCCGAGUGAAGCUGGACCGACUGUCAGAAGCAGCCAAGGUGAACACAGAUGCUAUGCGCUCAGCACAAGAAGAGAUUACUGAAUACCGGCGCCAGCUGCAGGCCAGGACCACAGAGCUGGAAGCCCUGAAAAGCACGAAGGAUUCACUGGAGAGGCAGCGCUGUGAGCUGGAGGACCGGCAUCAAGCUGACAUUGCAUCCUACCAGGAGGCCAUUCAACAAUUAGACAAUGAGCUGAGGAACACCAAGUGGGAGAUGGCAGCCCAGCUCCGAGAGUACCAAGAUCUGCUCAAUGUCAAGAUGGCCCUGGAUAUCGAGAUUGCUGCAUACAGAAAACUCUUGGAAGGUGAAGAGUGUCGGAUUGGCUUUGGCCCAACUCCUUUCUCUCUCUCAGAGGGACUUCCCCAAAUUCCCUCUGUAUCCACUCACAUAAAAAUCAAGAGUGAAGAGAAGAUAAAAGUAGUAGAAAAGUCUGAAAAGGAAACUGUGAUUUUGGAGGAACAGACAGAAGAGAUCCAAGUGACUGAAGAAGUCACUGAGGAGGAGGAAAAAGAGGCCAAAGAGGAGGAAGAAGGGGCAGAAGAAGCAGCAGCAGAAGAAGAAGCACCAAAGUCUCCCUCAGCAGAAGAGGCCAAAACUCCAGAAAAGGAAGCCAAGUCCCCGGCUGAGAGCAAGUCCCCAGUGCAAGAAGAAGCCAAAUCACCAGAGGUCAAGUCUCCAGAGAAAGAAGAGGCCAAGUCACCAGCUGAAGUCAAGUCUCCAGAGAAGGCCAAGUCCCCUGUGAAGGAAGAACCAAAGUCACCAGCUGAAGCCAAGUCUCCAGUGAAGCAAGAGGCCAAGUCACCCACUGAGAUCAAGUCUCCAGAGAAGACAAAGUCUCCUGUGAAAGAUGAAGCAAAAUCACCUGCUGAGAUCAAGUCUCCCGAGAAGGCCAAGUCCCCAGCAAAAUCUCCAGUGAAGGAGGAGGCAAAGUCACCGGCUGAGGCCAAGUCUCCAGUAAAAGAAGAAGCAAAAUCACCAUCUGGAGUCAAAUCUCCUGAGAAAGCCAAGUCCCCAGUGAAGGAUGAAGCAAAAUCACCAACUGAGGCCAAGUCUCCUGAGAAAGCAAAGUCCCCAGUAAAGGAAGAAGCAAAGUCCCCUGAGAAGGCCAAGUCUCCAGUAAAAGAAGAAGCGAAGUCCCCUGAGAAGGCCAAGUCCCCAGUAAAGGAAGAAGCAAAGUCCCCUGAGAAGGCCAAGUCCCCAGUAAAGGAAGAAGCGAAGUCCCCUGAGAAGGCCAAGUCCCCAGUAAAGGAAGAAGCGAAGUCCCCUGAGAAGGCCAAGUCCCCAGUAAAGGAAGAAGCAAAGUCCCCUGAGAAGGCCAAGUCCCCAGUAAAGGAAGAAGCGAAGUCCCCUGAGAAGGCCAAGUCCCCAGUAAAGGAAGAAGCGAAGUCCCCUGAGAAGGCCAAGUCCCCAGUAAAGGAAGAAGCGAAGUCCCCUGAGAAGGCCAAGUCCCCAGUAAAGGAAGAAGCAAAGUCUCCUGAGAAGGCCAAAUCACCAGUAAAGGAAGAGACCAAGUCUCCAGCUGAGGUGAAAUCACCUGAGAAGGCCAAGAGCCCAGUAAAGGAGGAAGCCAAGUCCCCUACAGAGGUCAAGUCCCCAGAGAAGGCCAAGUCCCCUGUGAAGGAAGAAGCAAAGUCUCCUGAGAAGGCCAAAACUCUUGAUGUGAAGUCUCCAGAAGCCAAGACUCCAGUGAAGGAGGAAGCAAAGUCCCCUGCAGACACCAAAUCCCCUGAAAAAACCAAAAGCCCUGUCAAGGAGGUCAAGACCCCAGAGAAGGUCACAUCUCCUGCAAAGGAGGAUGCCAAGGCUCCUGAGAAAGAAGUCCCAAAGAAGGAAGAGGUGAAGUCCCCCUCAAAGGAGGAGAAACCUCAGGAAGUAAAAACCAAAGAGCCCCCAAAGAAAGUGGAGGAAGAGAAGGUUCCAGCCACACCAAAAACCGAGGACAAGAAGGACACCAAGAAAGAUGAAGUGCCCAAAAAGGAGGUUCCAAAGCCAGAGGUUGAGAAGAAGGAAGCUGCUGUAGAAAAGCCCAAGGAAUCCAAAGCUGAAGACAAGAAAAAAGCAGUGACCCCUGAGAAGGAGGCUCCUGCCAAGGUGGAGGUAAAGGACGAGGCUAAGUCCAAGGAGAAGACUGAGGUGGCCAAGAAGGAGCCAGAUGAUGUCAAGGCCAAAGAACCUAGCAAGCCAGCAGAAAAGGAGCCAGAAAAGCCAAAGAAGGAAGAAGCACCAGCAGCCCCAGAAAAGAAAGACACCAAGGAGGAGAAGGUUACAGAGGCCAAGAAGCCUGAGGAGAAACCUAAGACCAAGGAAGAUGCCAAGGAGCCCAGCAAGCCCAAGACGGAGAAGGCCGAAAAAUCUUCUAGCACAGACCAAAAAGACAGCAAGCCGUCAGAGAAGUCCACAGAGGACAAGGCCACCAAGGGUGAGAAAUAAGGCAGAAAAGAAAGGAACAACCAGAGCAGCCAAAGAAACUCAGGAGGGUCCUGGAGUUCAAGGAUCAGUGAGUUGAAUUUUCAUUUUUCUUCCUUUUCUUUCUGCAAGAAGAAACUCUGCUUUGAUGUUGGGCCCUCCUUCACCAAACAGGAAUUUCUAUUAGCAAUAUGUUAGUAAGAGAGGGCAAUCCUGGUCCCCCGAACCUGAUGCCCCAAACCCUCCCCAGGCGAUGGACGAUUAUGUUAUGAUAGCUUAUGUAGCCAAAUGUGACAUACGCCGAAUGCCACACGUAAACACUUGAUUACAAAACUGCCCCCCUCCUUUCCAAAUAAGUGCAUUUAUUUCCUGUAUGUACAACUGACAGAUGACCGCAAUAAUGAAUGAGCAGUUAGAAACACAUAUGCUUGAGAUGUCUUAACCUAUUCCCGAAUGCCUUCUGUUUUCCAAAGGAGUGGCCAAGCCUUUACCCAGCAUACUCUGUCCUGGAAAAGCUGAAGCAGGUCAGGCUGGGCACUGGCCACUUGGUCACGCCAGGGCGCACUUUCCACUGAAGUUCACCUUCAGUUGCUUCUGUGCAAUAAAACCAAGUGCUUCUAAAAUGAAAA